AUGACUCAGGAAAGCCUUCUCCUCAUUCCGCUCGACCCCAGGCGGCCUGUCACCCAUCAAGUCAUUGCCGAGCGGUACCAGAAGGUUCUGGCCUCGGUGCUCUCCCAACUUAGCAACCCAGACCGCGGUGCAGUCCUCAUACUUGCCGUUGCUGGUGAAUUCUUGGGGCGAGGAGAUGACGCUGAACAACACCAGCAGAUCAGCUGGUCCCAAAUUCAAACGGUCCUCAGCAGCUUCUAUUCGGUGAUCUCGUUUCUAUGUGCGAAACAAUCCAUACCGGCAGAUACCAAUGCGGGGCCCCAUUCGGUUGAUGUGCGUGUCGUAUUUGUGCACACCGUCCCGAGAGGCCCCGGGGAUCAAGCACGUGGCCCGGGGUCAACCGGUACAAUUAUUCGUGACCUCGACACCUUUGCACGGAUACGCAGUCUGUGGUCUUCGAUAUUCGUUCUCAAUUCCCGAGAGGGCCGUGAGCUACUAGAUGCCUACGCCCACGCCGCUGGGGGUCUAAUUCCCAAGGAUAGGAUCAUCAGCCUAGACUCCUCUCCUCCAGGAAAGGCUGAGAUACCCGUGCAUUCGACUUCUUCAAAUGUUACUAUGACGGCCGGUUUUCGCAUCGUUUGUCUCGGUGGAACCUUUGAUCACCUCCAUCCUGGCCAUAAGCUCCUACUUUCGGCUGCUGCGGCUUUGCUCAAAGUCUCCGGAGACCUUUCGUCUCCCAGCCGGUUUGUGAUUGGCAUAACUGGCGACGAGCUUCUCAGAAACAAAAAAUUCCUGCACACAUUUAUCGACUGCGAGAACCAGGUAGAUGUGCAAAUAUACUCAAAGGGCCACAAGUCCUUAUUGGGACAUAUCGGAACGGGGGUCCUUGUCGAAUGUGUUGAGAUUCAGGAACCCUUCGGACCAACCAUCACGAUUGAGGAUAUGGAUGUCUUAGUUGUCUCGGGUGAGACAAGGUCGGGUGGUCAAGCAGUCAAUGAUAAGAGGAGGGAGAAAGGAUGGAAUGAGGUGAUAGUCUACGAAGUAGACGUCCUCGACGCUCAGGGCAUCCAGGAACAUGGAACUACGCCGACGGAAGACUUUGCUGCCAAGAUCAGCAGCACAGCUAUCCGGGAGCUAAAGGCAAAAGCUGCUGGCGGAAGUGGGCCUUACCCGCACUUGAUCAACGCUACCUCUCCCCUCGCGAUGGCCAGGAUCCAGCCCUUCAGAGUCGAGCAAUGGAUGGAUCAGUACGAAACCACGCCGGACGUUUUAAACGUGGCCGAGACGUGUGCGUCUUCCGUUAGCCUCGACGAGCUACAAGAUUUAUCAGACAACGACCUGAGGAUGCCGCUGAUCGAUACUUCGCGCCCGCUCACAUACGGCGCGAUACGGGGUUCGGAGGCUCUCCGUAAGAGUGCCGAACACAAAGGGAUUAUUGUCUUCUCCGACGAGGUAUAUCGACCCAUCUUUCAUGAUUUCAGCGUCAGCGGGACGAGUGUACCGCCCUCCGUCGCCUCCCUUGGGUACGAGAAGACUAUAGUCACAGGCUCCAUGUCUAAGGCGUACGCCCUGGCGGGGAUCCGCGUCGGAUGGGUGGCUUCCAAAGAUGCCUCUAUCCUUCAAGCCAUCCUUUCCGCGAGAGACUACACCGCCAUCAGCGUUUCUCAGCUCGACGACCAAGUUGCGCAAUACGCCCUAUCCGAGCGCGUCUUCUCCCGGCUACUUCAACGAAAUUUAGCACUCACAAGGGAAAACCUUGCACUUCUAAAAGUAUUUGUCGAGAGCUACCCUUCCAUAUGCUCAUGGGUCCAGCCGAAUUCGGGUACAAUGGCAUUCAUACGGUUUACCAGCGGUGGCCAGAGCAGAGAGCCCGUAGAUGACGUCAAAUUUUGCCUUGACGUCCUAUCCAAGACGAACGUUAUGCUUGUACCUGGCUCAAGAUGCUUUGGUGAAGACAGGGACUUUAUGGGCUAUGUAAGGAUUGGCUACGCCUGUUCAACACCGAUCCUCGCCGAAGCAUUGCAGAGACUUGGCUCUUACCUCGAGCAAAACAUCCUUUAG